GGUAUAUUUCGUCGAUUCGGAAAAGGGAAGUGGCUAGCUGCUUCGGAAAGUUAUCGAAUCAGAAAGUGUUCUUUCUCUGAAGUUGGAUAGCUAAUAACAAACAGAAGAAAAAAACAAAAACAUGGGAACAACAGCAAGUCAAUUAAGGAAGGAUCUGCUCUCAGAAUAUCAGGAGCUGACGUUUCUUACAAAGCAAGAAAUUAUUCUGGCACACAAGAGAUUCAGUGAACUCCUCUCCAAAGAGGACAGAAACGUCCCCACCCCGCGAGUGCCCAUGGAGAAAGUCCUUUCACUGCCAGAACUCAAGUCCAACCCUUUCAGAAAAAGGAUCUGUCACGUAUUCUCAACAUCUGAUAUGAAAGAUGGAAGUCUCACCUUUGAGGACUUCCUUGAUCUCUUGAGUGCCUUCAGUGAUUCAGCUACACUGGAAAUCAAGUCCCACUACGCAUUCCGCAUUUUUGACUUUGAUGAUGAUGGCACUCUGGAUGGUGGGGACCUGGAGAAGCUGGUGAACUGUCUGACUGGUGAGACGGAUGACACAAGGCUUACCACUGAAGAGAUGAGGCAGCUCAUCAGCAAUAUUCUUGAAGAGUCUGAUAUAGACAAAGAUGGAACUGUGAAUCUGUCAGAGUUCCAACACGUCAUCUCAAGGUCACCAGAUUUUGUCAGUUCUUUUAAGAUUGUUCUGUGAAGUCGACAAAUAAGAUGCCAGGAUAUGGAUGCCUUGGAUUCUCUGUCCUAUUAAUACUCAGAAGACCUUUUUUUUUCUCCAUUGUAAUAAUAUAUAUUUUUUGAUUUUGCCUCAAAUUCUUUGUAGAUUAAUAUUUUCUAUUAUGUUUGAUAAUGUAUUUUUACAUAAUGUAUAUGCGAUAAGAGCCCUCUAACUGUAUUUUUUCAAUCUAAAUAUCUAGAAUAAAAGUAAUCAAGUCUU